AUGUCCAACUGGACCUCGCAGCUCAUCAAAGAGCCUCCUCUUCUCAGUGAGGCGGACAGGCAAGUCUUCGAACUCAUCAACCUCGUCGUCAUCUGCAACAUCGUCUCCCUCCUCGGCAUCUUCUCCAACAUCAUCAACAUCAUCGUCUUCUACCGUCAAGGUCUCAACAAUGCCGUCAACAUCAGCUUCUUCGGGCUGGCUAUUUCCGACAUCUGCAGCUUAGCGACUCUAAUCAUCUAUAAUAUCUGGUUUAACCCCUUGCUGCCUAGGUUUAAAGUACCGGUUAACCCUAUAGAGAUCGAGUACCUCACAGCCGGGCUGCCACACGGCUGUUUCACCCGUAUCACCAGCUGGAUCACCGUCUACAUCACGGCUGAACAGUGCCUGUGUAUAUCCCUACCGUUACAUAUUCAUCGAAUUCUCACCCCGGCAAGGACGAUAACUAUCAUCUGCUGCAUCUACCUCGUCAUGGUGUUGUCUCUCUUACCCGAGUACUUGACCUUCGACAUCGUGUGGCGCUUUAACCCGGGAUUAAACGAGUCCAUUUUAGGAUUGGGAUACCGGGAUAACAAUAACAAAACCGAAGGGAUAACGUUUUUGUUGUACUCCAUCUACAUGCUGGCGUCGUUCGCGAUCGUCGUCGGGUUGACCUUGACUUUGGUCGUCCAGCUUCGGCGGAAGACGAAAUGGCGGAAAACCGCGACGCCCGAGCAGGCGAUGACCUUGAACACCCGCGACCGGCAGACCGUCCUGAUGGUCAUCGUCAACGCCGGCGUCCUUCUGCUGACCUUCACCCCCACCGUGGUCACCAUGGUGUGCGGGGUGAGCGUGGCAGGGUUCUCCGUGGUGGGCCGGCACGUCAACCUGUUCUUCAUGGCCUGGACCUUCGUGCACGUGUUUGAUGCCCUCAACGGCAGCCUCAACACCGUGCUGUACUUCAAGACGAGUUCAAAGUUCAGGCAGACUUUCACUGAGAUUUUCUGCUUGAAAAGACUCCAAACCUGA